GUAUGGCCUAGAAUCGCCCUAGAACUAACGCUCCCCUUCCUUCUAGAACUAAGGCGGGGAAGUAUUUCCGGGAGGACUUUGUGCUACUGUUUUUUCCAUCCCCCAGCAGCACACGAGCCGGUGACACAACAUCAACAGGAGCCGUGGAGGACAAACUGUGACAGUUCCUCCAUGCAGUCCCUCCUUCAUCUACCUCCUAAGGGGGCUCUGCCAGCCACUUCUUUGAGGAGGUUUAGGUGUCUACUAAACCAGCUGCUAAACCAUCGAGGAGCAAUACCACAUACAGUUUUCCGGAGCCAAAGCUCAUCUACAGUUACAGGUGACACGGUUAGCAUUGGGGAUGUAUCCUAUAAAGUCAAAUUCCCAAAGAACCCAGAACUGGUGCCCCAAAAUUACAUUCCUGAUCCCUUAGCCCAAGCAAAUUUGCAACACCUAAGAUGGAUCAUGCAAAAAGACCUCCUGGGACAAGAUAUUUUUCUCAUUGGUCCUCCUGGGCCACUGAGAAGGUCCAUUGCAAUGCAAUAUUUGGAGCUGACUAAGCGUGAGGUGGAAUACAUUGCUCUCUCCAGAGACACAACUGAAGCUGAUCUAAAACAGAGGAGAGAAAUACGAGCAGGAACAGCUUUCUACAUUGAUCAGUGUGCAGUCCGGGCAGCCACAGAAGGAAGAAUUUUGGUGCUAGAAGGUUUAGAGAAGGCCGAGAGAAAUGUGCUACCAGUGUUAAAUAAUUUGCUGGAAAACAGAGAAAUGCAGCUUGAGGAUGGGCGCUUCCUGAUGUCUGCUGAACGUUAUGAUAAACUACUUCAGGAACACAGCAGGAGUGAACUGGACACUUGGAAAAUUGUGCGAGUAAGUGAAGAUUUUCGAGUGAUUGCAUUGGGACUACCAGUGCCUAAAUAUUCAGGCAACCCUCUUGAUCCACCACUUCGCUCAAGAUUUCAAGCCAGAGACAUUUAUUAUCUUCCAUUUAAGGAUCAGCUUCAAAUAUUAUAUUCAGCUGGAUCAAAUGUCCCUCCAGAAAGAGUUUCUCAGAUUUUGUCGUUUGCUACCACUUUGUGCUCACAAGAAUCAUCUACCUUGGGUCUUCCUGAUUUCCCUGCAGACAAUUUGGAAUCAGCAAUAAGAAUUUUGGAUGCGUUCCCAAUGGAGUCUUCUCAGCGUGUCAUAGAAAGGCUUUAUCCAUACAAUGUACUAUUGGGUAAAGAAGGCAAAAGCUCAGUGGAGGGUGCACUGAAAAGGUUUGAACUAAUGGACUCAGGAAGAUCAUCGUUGCCUAUGAGAAUCGGGAAAGUGGACUCAAUUACACAAUUACACAAUAUUUCCAGCUCUCUAGCUGCUGUCAAUAUACACGUUGGAGAUAGUACUGUGUGUAUAAAGGUACCAGCUGGAAGCAGGCCUUUGAAUCUACAUACAGAAUCAACACAAUUCAUAAAAACUAACAGCCAUGAACUGCUGCUGGCAGAAAUGAUGCAGUCUCACAUGGUUAAGGAUAUGUGCCUCAUUGGAGGAAAGGGAUGUGGUAAAUCUGUGAUUGCUAAAGAGUUUGCUGGAAUGCUGGGCUAUGAAGUAGAACCUGUCAUGCUGUACCAGGACAUGACAGCCAGGGAUUUGCUACAACAAAGGUACACUCUUCCAAAUGGUGACACUGCCUGGCGUCAGUCCCCACUUGUCUCUGCUGCUAUUGAAGGCAAACUUGUUAUUCUAGAUGGUAUCCAUCGUGUGAAUCCAGGAACCCUGUCCAUACUGCAAAGGCUAAUUCAUGACCGAGAGCUGACUCUCUAUGAUGGCACCAGGUUACUUAGAAAAGACAGAUAUCAAUAUUUAAAGGAGGAAUUACAACUUUCUGAUGAAAAACUACAGGAAAGAUCUAUAUUUCCCAUCCACCCAUCUUUCAGAAUAAUUGCUCUGGCAGAACCUCCUGUGUUCGGUGGUAACACUCAGCAGUGGUUGGGUCCUGAACUUCUGACCAUGUUUCUUUUUCAUGAAAUCAAGCCCUUAACUAAAAAGGAGGAGAUUGAAGUAAUCAGAGGAAUGGUGCCAGGUGUUCCAAAGGAGGCAGCCCAUCAGCUGCUAACAUUGACACACAGACUUCGUGACACAAAAGAUCCUACAGCAAAGUCUUUGGCUUCAUCUUUAUCAACAAGGCAAUUACUUAGAAUCUGCCGUCGCCUGGCUCAGUACCCAGAAGAAAGUCUUUAUCAUGCUGCAAAUAAGGCCUGCCUUUCAAGAUUUUUACCAAAUUUGGCUAGAUCAACUCUGCACAAAAGCCUAGUGGAUUCUGGUGUAGAGGAAAACAUUAUGGAUUUGGAAAGAACACAGGAUAAAGAUUACAGCUGUGAAAUAAAUUCUGGUGUACUGAGGGUUGGUAACAUUUCUGUGCCAAUAUAUAAUCCAAAUGAAAAGAUGAAAGUUCCUGAUGUCCUUUUUUAUGAAAACAAACAGCAUAUGAUGGUAAUGGAAGACAUGCUAAAGGAUUUUCUACUUGGAGAACACCUCUUGCUUGUGGGGAAUCAGGGUGUGGGUAAAAAUAAGAUUGUUGACAGAUUUCUACAUUUGUUAAACAGACCACGAGAAUAUUUACAGCUACACAGGGAUACAACUGUGCAGAGCCUUACAUUACAGCCAUCUGUAAAGGAGGGUGUUAUAGUGUAUGAAGACUCACCUCUAGUGAAAGCUUGUAAAAAGGGACAUAUCUUGGUUAUAGAUGAAGCCGACAAAGCACCAACAAACGUCACUUGUAUUUUAAAAACAUUAGUAGAGAGUGGAGAGAUGAUUCUUUCAGAUGGAAGGCGACUUGUGGCCGAUCUUUCCAAAAUGGAUGCAAGACCAAAUCUGAUUGCUAUUCAUCCUGAUUUUAAGAUGAUUGUGCUGGCAAACAGACCUGGAUUUCCUUUCCUGGGAAAUGAUUUUUUUGGUGCAUUGGGUGAUAUUUUCAGCUGCCAUGCAGUAGACAACCCGAUGCCGGAGUCUGAACUCGCAAUGUUAAAACAGUAUGGACCUAAUGUACCUGAUGCAGUUCUGCAAAAACUUGUUGCUGCAUUUGGAGAGUUAAGAAGUAUGGCAGACCAGGGAAUAAUCACAUAUCCUUACUCAACCAGAGAAGUUGUCAACAUUGUGAAACAUUUACAGAAAUUUCCAAAUGAAGGACUUGCAAAUGUAGUAAGAAACGUUUUUGACUUUGAUUCCUACAACCAAGAAAUGCGGGAAAUAUUAAUGAACUCAUUACACAAACAUGGAAUACCAAUUGGAGCAAAGCCAACCAAUGUUCAGCUGGCUAAGGAGCUUCCACUUCCAGAGAUCAGUUUUAUUGGACACUGGACCAUUACGCAGUCAGGGAAUGCUCGCCGUAAGCUUUUGUGUCCAACAGAAAUGCAUCAGCUUACGAUAAAGGGUCCAGUGUAUUUAAAUAUACAGGGAUAUCCACUGGAGCGUCAUGAAGCACGCUCUCUGAGUUUUACAGAAGAAAUAGCCCACUGGACACUUCCUAUAAAUGAAGUCAAUAUUGUGUGUGAUGUCACCAUGGCUGAAGAGAACGGGAAGAAUUCACUCUAUGUUGUCACCUGUAAUCCAGUUUCCUUAUACUUUACCAGAGUAAAUGAGGAUAAAGGAUAUUUUGUUGAUUUGUAUGACAUCUUUCCAAGAACAGUGGGUAGUGUCUGGCAGCCAUUUGUGACCAUAGCACCAAUGGGACCUCCACUCUCUGGCCAAGUAAUUCUGCAUGAAGAACAGAGCAAUGUGAUCCUUUUGUUGGAUACAAAUACUGGGGCUCUUCGAAGAAUUUUACUCUCCGGGGAGGAAAAGGAAGCUCCACGUAGAUCAACAUGGUGGGGGAGUAAAGAGUCACAGGACAGCUACAAAAUGUGCAGAGAUUUUUCACAUAAAAAUUGGCUUGUGUUCUUCCGAGAGAAUGGCAACUCGCUCAGUAUACUUGACGUGUUGGAGGGCACUGCCCACGCUGUCUCGCUGCCUAUAAACCUCAAGUCUGUGUUCCUAGUGGCUGAAGAUCGAUGGCUCUUGGUUGAGAAUAAAACCAACAAAAAGUUUCUUCUGACCAAGCCUUUGCACAUGGAAGCUGAACACUCUGAGGUAUGCCAGCUACAUUCACUGAAUGAGGAGCCAGUGAGCACAGGAUUUGGCCUAACAGCAGAGGCAGAUCCGUCAAGCAUACAUACAAUUUCAAGUGACCAAUUGCCAUCUGAGAAUCUCAGUGUAGCUGUGGGCCAGAAAAUUGUCUCCCCCAACAGGAUCCUUUCAGAUGAGCAUAGCUAUGCAUCAAUAAUUGUAGGUUUUCCAGAUCUGCUGUCCCCCAGUGAAGUCUACAGCUGGAAAAGAGGAUCAAGACUGGACAGCCAUGGUGCUUCAUCUACUGAUCAGUUUUUCCAACCAGGUCAAUCCAAGUUUGGAAAUUGUAAACAAAGUAAUUGUGUAAAUUUAAUAGCUGCCAAUCAGGUGGUUAGAAUUGUUGCCCCUUCUGAUGUCCCAUUAAAAGAAAUUUACCCUAAAGAUGUGACUCCUCCACAUUCAUCUGGAUAUUUGGAAGUUACAGAUCUUAACUCAAAGAAACUGAAAUAUAUUCCGCUUCCCAGGCCGAAAUCUAUAUCUCCAUAUACAUCCUGGCUGUCUAAAAUAUCUGACACAGAUAUGCUGCUGGCUCCACUGGGAAACAAAGGCGUUGUUACUGUUGACUCAGGCGGCACGGUGAGGCUGUGGGAGACGGGACUUGACAAUCUUCAGCGAUCAUUACUUGAAUGGAGGAAUAUGAUUGGACAAGAGGACGGGCGCCCAGUACAGAUUACAGUACAGAAGGAGAGUGGAUUAGAUACUAGUUCACCAAAGCAUGGAAAGAUGGAUCCAGAUAACACGCCCCACGUUGGUGGCAACAUGUGGGCUGGAGGCACCGGAGGAAGAGACACUGCAGGCCUUGGUGGAAAGGGUGGUCCUUAUCGUCUGGAUGCAGGGCACACAGUAUACCAGGUUUCACAGGCUGAGAAAGAUGCUGUGCCCGAAGAAGUAAAACGAGCUGCAAGAGAAAUGGCUGAAAAAGCUUUUAAGCAAAGAUUGAAGGAAAUUAAGAUGAGUGAUUAUGAUGCAGCAACUUAUGAACGUUUCUCAGGAGCAGUCCGCAGACAAGUUCAGUCUCUCAGAGUCAUCUUGGACAGCCUGCAGGCCAAAGGUAAGGAAAGGCAGUGGUUAAGGCAUCAGGCUACUGGAGAAUUAGACGAUACCAAAAUUAUUGAUGGACUAGCAGGAGAGAAGGCAAUAUAUAGAAGACGUGGGGAACUAGAGCCAGAGAUUGGAAGUCCUCAGCAGAAACCCAAGAGGCUACGGCUUCUAGUGGAUGUAUCAGGCAGUAUGUAUCGGUUUAAUGGUGUCGAUGGCAGGCUGGAGCGCUCCAUGGAAGCAGCAUGCAUGGUUAUGGAGGCGUUUGAGAACUAUGAGCAUAAGUUUAAGUAUGAUGUUUCUGGACAUUCGGGUGAUGGUUUCAACAUUGAGCUUAUAAGAAGCGAUAAGAUUCCAAAGAACAAUAAGCAACGACUGGAGAUUAUGAAGACUAUGCACGCUCACUCACAAUUCUGUAUGAGUGGUGACCACACACUGGAAGGAACAGAGCAUGCCAUACAGGAGAUAGCUAAGGAUGAUGCAGAUGAACAUUUUGUUAUAGUCUUGAGUGAUGCCAACCUAGAACGAUAUGGGAUCCCUCCGGCAAGGUUUGCCCAGGCUUUGACCAUCAAUCCACAAGUCAACGCAUUUGCCAUAUUUAUUGGGUCACUGGGGGAUCAAGCUGAAAGGCUUCAGAGGACACUUCCUGCAGGGCGCUCGUUUGUCGCCAUGGAUACAAAGCAUAUCCCUCAGAUACUGCAGCAAAUCUUCACCUCUACCUUGCUCUCAACUGCUUAGUCUUUAUGCGUAAUACUUUGUGCAGCCCUUAGGGUGUGGUUACCUCACUGGAACUCACAGGGGUUAUACAAGGGCACAUGGAACUCACACAUUUAACUUUGCCUUUGGGUAAAAUGAUUAUGAUAUAUGAAGUAUCAGCUCCCUGCUGAUAAGACAUAAGCUAACUCCCAAUAAGUUCUCAUAUAUUUAGAAUUAUCUUUUUGGCUCAGUAUUCACCGCAAUCUCCUCUGCUCCUUUAAAAUGAACUGUGUAACUGAUUUGUUUUAUUUUAACUGUUUCUCUCAUGUGUUUCCAACCAGUAACUGUUUUUAAAUGUCAUUUUUAUUUCUGUAAUUGAAAUUCCUUGACUUUUAGUUAAUUAGCUCUGUAAUAUUAUUGAAAGAAGAAUUAAACCCAUAAAAAUGAAACAAAGAA